UCUGGGUAGAGAUGCCAUCGAAUAAAACUGUGCAGCGUACCAAAAAAGUGUUCCCUUUACGUAAGGAAUCACAAACGUUUCCAGAAAAGUUUUCUACCGAUUAUAUUAAUUUUACAUUCGUCAAAUCGUUGAUUUUCGAACCGUCUCGUCUGCCGCUUGUUUCGUUGGCCGUGCUGGCCGCCGAACUUGUUCUGAAUGUAUUUAUAGUGCAAAAUGUGCGUUAUACUGAAAUUGAUUGGAUAGCAUAUAUGCAAGAGUGCGAGGGCUUUAUCAAUGGAACUACCAACUAUUCGAUGCUUACGGGUGACACAGGUCCACUGGUUUAUCCGGCUGGUUUUGUGUAUAUAUACAGCGCAUUGUACUUUCUUACUUCGCGAGGAAGCAACAUCCGUUUGGCGCAGUACAUCUUCAUCGGUAUCUAUUUGCUUCAACUGACGCUAGUACUCCGACUGUACUGCAAAAGUCGCAAAAUUCCACCAUACGUAAUCUUAGUUACGAUAUUCACUUCAUACCGCAUCCACUCCAUCUACGUUCUACGACUAUUCAACGAUCCAAUCGCGGUGUUGCUGUUGUACGCUGCUUUAAAUCUGUACAUUGACGGACGAUGGACCCUUGGUAGCGUUAUGUUCAGCUUGGGCGUGUCAGUGAAGAUGAAUAUUCUGUUAUUCGCUCCUGCAGUUCUACUGAUGUUCAUCACAAAUCUUGGUUGGUUUAGAACGUUUAUUCAGUUAACUGUUUGUAGUUGUAUCCAGAUACUGCUGGGUUUGCCAUUUUUGUCGACCUAUCCGUGGGAGUACAUCAAAGGAAGUUUUGAUUUUGCACGAGUUUUUGACCAUAAAUGGACAGUAAACUAUAGAUUCCUAGAGCCGGUGAUUUUCGAGAGCAAAAUGUUUCAUUUGGGUUUACUAGCGCUUCAUCUGGCACUACUUGUAAUUUUCGCAACACCUUGUCUCAACUAUUUCCAAAACUACUGUCGUUUGCGUAAUCUUGAAAUCAUGCUCGCACCGCAGAUUGCAGCACAAAAUCUGAUAGAGGAGGAGAAAUGUACUGGAAAAGAAAAACGGUCCUUAUCGAACCGGAGAAGUAUAACUGACUCUGCCCAAAAAGAGAACUCUGGCUCUGCACAAAAGCUAUCCGAAGAAGAACAACAAUUUUUGAAGUCGUUUGAGAAAACCAUUAAACAAGCCUCUGAUCUGGAGGAGAAAAAGCACUUGAAUCAAACAAGAGUAAAGGCACCAAACAUCUUUUCAAUUCACUUUGAUCGUUGUAGUCAAUUGGCAUUAUUGCCACUUUUUCUAUCAAACUUUAUCGGCAUUGUUUGCGCUCGGAGCCUACACUAUCAGUUUUAUGUAUGGUACUUUCACAGCUUGCCGUAUCUUAUGUGGUAUACGGAAUACGAGAACAGUUUCAAGUUUCUAAUGUUGUUGCUGAUAGAGUUCUGCUGGAAUACCUAUCCUAGCACGGUAUUGAGCAGCGUUACCUUGCAUGUUUGUCAUGUAAUACUGCUUUUCGGUAUUGGCAAGAAAAUGUUUCGUCGCAUUCCAGAUCUAGGACAGUUCAACAGGGUAAACUAAAUGUAAGCUAUUGCGAACAAACAAACUUACAAAACUUCGUUUAUACUUGAUUUUUUACUUGUAAUGAAUCAAAAUAAACGAAGCGAGUUCCCGUGUUGUGAUUUUUUUUCAAAUCUACGUUUUAAUGGUAAAAUUUUAUAUUUCUAUUUGAAGUUUGAAAACUAUACUGCAGGGCUACACGAUGCGCAAAUAAAUUUUCAGGCAUUUCAGAUACUGUUUGCGCUGGUGUCAUAACGUUUAUGUGUCGGCCGAGGCGUAAACCCGACAGUAAAUACUUUUUCAAUACUCUUUGUUUACAAACAGAGGAUAAUGUAAGUUCUUAUUUGCUGGUAUAGCAACCACAUCGGAAAAAACAAAAAAAAUAUUCAGAAAUCAAUUAAUUUCUCUUCUAUUUCUAUUUUCUCGGACCAAAAUUACGAACGUAAACACGUUUGACAUUUCGGUUUUAUAUUUUUGCCGCCACACGGUAAACGGUUUGGCAUUACAAAUUAAUUUAACGCUAGUUUUCACGCCUCAUGUAGCCCUCCAGUUACGCCUAAUGUAGCUCCCCAGUUAUACACUUUUGUAGAUAUCAGACCGGCAAUUAAAAGGGGAACGGAACCGAGGAGAUUGUAAUGAAUGCGUGCGUAGUAAUAAGAUUGUGAAACCGGCGAUUGUACGUUCGUCGCUGGGUAACGAAACAAUUGUGUAUUUGAAAGAUAAACAAAUAAAAAAUCAAUAAUAAAACAACAUUCCUGCUA